AUGGUAUCCUGUACAGUCGGUUCAGAAACACGUGCACUCGGUCAAGUGAAAAACUUUCUAGAUGCCACCGUACACACUCUUUUCCCUGAACACGAAUUGACUUGGGAACGAUUCGAGGGAGACCUCGAUGUACCCGAACUCGUCAAGAACAGCGGGGACGGAAAAGAAGAAGCAGAGGAGAAGGAUGACAACAAUGAGAAAACCAACGAAGCAAAUGGAAAGGAAGAGCCAGACGCGGAACCUAGUAGCAAAAAAGACAAGCGGUUCCAGGGGGUGGAUAGUGCAUGUUCCGGCCUGCUCUUUUUCCGAUUCCGUGUCAAUGUGAAGCCCACAGACUUUAUGUCCAAACUGAUUGAGCAAAAGGACCUGAUCGAUGCCAACAAAAUCAAAUAUUGUUCGAGAUUUGUUCCUAUCGAUUAUAUUUGCCCGGCUACAACGGAUCGUAUGACGAAAUGUUUUGAACGGUUACGAGAGCAAGAGCUGGAUCCCAUCAAGACUGAUACCAAGGUUGCAAUUGUGACAGAGAUACGAAACAACAUUUCGCUGAAAAAGCCUGACAUCAUACAGCUGAUUGCACCGAUGAUUCCAAAAGAGCAUUUUACGGUCGAUCUCACCAAACCAGACAUAGUAAUCUUCUGCACCGUAUUCAAAAGUGUAUGUGGUAUGAGUGUGCUUCGUGAUUAUUAUCCAAGAAAAAAGUACAACUUGAUCGCUUUGCUCGAAGACAAGUAA